GUCGUUACACGCGUUUCCGUUGCAACGAUGAAAUGUGUCCGACAGAGAAAUGUAUCGGCUGCAUUGAGUUUGGGAAGUUUUGCUGCUAGCUAACGCUUAGCUUGUAUUUUUGUGUAGCGCUAAAUAUGCUCGUAACGCCACAUUGAUGUUAGCUGAACGUAGCCUGCAGACAUGAACGUUAAAGCGCUGUGGUUGCUGUCGGCGCUGUUGUUGCAGGCAGCGGCGGAUGAGAUGCUGAGUUUACCAGGGGGAAAGAUGUUAAUGGGAACCAGUGCAGCUGAUGGGAGAGAUGGAGAAGCUCCCAGCAGAGAGGUUCAGCUGCAGCCUUUCAGACUCGACAAAUGUCCCGUCACAAACGCCGAUUUCAGAGACUUUGUGAGAGCACAGAAGUACAAAACUGAAGCUGAGACGUUUGGCUGGAGUUUUGUGUUUCAGGACUUUGUGUCCGAAGAGCUGAAGAGCAAAGUCACGCAGAGAAUAGAGUCUGCUCCUUGGUGGUUGCCUAUAGAACGAGUGUUUUGGAGACAGCCUGCAGGACCUGGUUCGGGCAUCCGGGAGCGGCUGAGCUUUCCGGUGGUUCAGGUGAGCUGGAACGACGCUCAGGCCUUCUGCCGAUGGAAGGGCAAGAGACUGCCCACGGAGGAUGAGUGGGAGUGGGCUGCACGAGGAGGGCUGCAAGGUCGGACGUAUCCGUGGGGAAACAAGUUCCAGGCCAACAGAACCAACCUGUGGCAGGGUUCAUUUCCAGAUGUUGACACAGCAGAGGAUGGAUACCACGGCGUCUCUCCUGUCACAGCAUUUCCUCCUCAGAACGGUUAUGGACUGUAUGACAUGAUGGGAAACACAUGGGAAUGGACAUCGACACCCUUUCCAGCUGCACAACCAAUGUACGUGCUGCGCGGUGGCUCCUGGAUCGACACGGUGGAUGGUUCAGCCAAUCAUAAGGCACAAAUCACGACCAGGAUGGGCAACACUCCGGACUCUGCCUCUGAUAACUUGGGAUUCAGGUGUGCUGUGAGCGAUGGACAGAAACAAGGAAAGAAAAAAGACAAAACUGAACUGUAGCAACACACAGGAAAUCAGAAAUGUUAAGUGAUGGACAAUAAUUUUCUUUUGAACCAAACAAAGAUAAAGAAAAAAGCAGGGGACCAAUUAAGUAUCAGUGACUAACAGUUCAUUUCAGUGAUGGUGACAGGAAGAUGUGACACACUGUAUUUCUCCCAUGGAGAACUUAAACAUUUUUUUAUGAACUUCAAAAAUGAAUACUAACACCCUAAUAUUCAAGAAAUAAAUGAUUUUGCAAAGAAAAAAAAUUUGUUACUUUUUUUCCAAAACACAGUAGUGCACACCCUAAAACAAUAAGACUGCCAGGCAGGCCUUACAAGCAGGACUGAAGAGAUUCACUGAGGAAUUUUACUUGACUAGAGGAAAAAGGACACUGUUUGACUGGCAGUCUUCCCUCUUCAUGCCGGGAUCUCUUUUGCUGACUGUUUUUACGUGACCGGAGAGUAAAUCAGUUCGUCG